GUUUAAUUCAAUAAGUUUCAUAAAAUUGUAGUAAUUGUGUAAACUGGAAACAGGAAAAGUGUGAAAUUUCGUCAAGGACAUCGUCAUUAGCUUAAUCGUAUUAAAAGUGUUCGUCAUGAGCACAUUUUUGCAAGUAUUCAAAAUCUUGUAAUGAAAUAAAAGCGGAAAUGUAGUUUUCCAAGCAUAACAAUAAUAUCAAACCGAACAGUCACGGAACAUCCGACACAAAAUAUGACCCAAUUAUCAGAAAAUCGCUGUGUUGGCAAAAAGUCUAGUGUCAAAUUAAGCAUCCUUUAACUAGCCACACGGAACACAUCCCAUAAAAAAUAAUUAAAGCACAAUACACCGCAUUAUGUUAUUGAGAUAACAAACUGAUAGCAAUGGACCGAGGUCACUCUUUCAAAAGACAGCCCAAUCCCAAGGAAACAACAAAUAUAAUAUCUCUACUAUCAUUCUUUUACAUAAUCAAACUUUUCAAAAAGGGAUACACGAAAGGGAUUGAAAGCGACGAUUUGUACGAAGUUUUGCAAAACUGUCGGUCAAAAGAAUUGGGGGAUUUGUUAGAAAAGCACUUUGAAAAAAGCAAAGAGAAGUCAUUAUGUCGCGCCCUUUGGCACACUUUCGGUCAAAGAUUUCUAAAAUUGGGGCUAAUGCAACUUGUGAUCAAACUAACAAUUACUAUCUGGUCGCCGCAAGCAUUUUCAAAACUAAUUUCCUACUUCAGUCCGGGUCAAACCGAAAUCAGUAAAGAAGACGCAACUUAUUAUGCUUGCGUCGUGAUUGGAUUAAGAAUAGUUCAUGUAUUUUUCUCCAACAAUCUUGCUUUAGCCUUAAUCGAGUUGGGCUUAGGGGUGAAAGCAGCCAUUUGCUCUUUGAUUUACCGAAAAUCGCUCAGGUUGAAUUCUGAUUGUUUAGCUGAAGUGACUGUAGGAAAAGUUACUACAAUCAUAAAUAAGGACGUUGAUGCUUUUCAAGAGUUUAUAGCGUUUGGAAACGAUAUUUGGAUUGCUUUCAUUCAAACUGGAAUCAUCUGUUAUCUCAUCUACAGGAAAAUUGGAAUCGCGUCCUGGGCCGGAGUCAUCUUCUUCUUCGCUGUUUUACCAAUCCAAAUUUUGAUCGGGAAGUUGGCCUAUAAUUUGCGACUCAAGUGUAAUAGAAAAACCGACGAACGACUCGAGUUGACUCAAGAGGUACUUUCAGCAAUUAAAGUCAUCAAAAUGUACACUUGGGAGAAAUUUUUUGAAACGAAAAUUUGUAAAGCUAGAAAGGAAGAAGUCAAACAACUCCACAAACUCUUCUACACCGAAAUUUGGAUAACAAUAAUCGGGAGUAUUUGCACAAAAAUCGCCUUCUUCAUCUUCAUAAUGACUUAUGUUCAUUUGGGUUAUGACGUGACAGCUGAAGUAGUUUUCUACAUUUUGAGUUGCUUCUACGAUCUUGAAUAUUCGUUGAGUAACAUAAUUCCGUAUGGUUUUUCACAAGCCGCCAAAUUGUACGCUACUGCCAAACGAUGUGAGACUAUUCUAAAUUGUAAAGAGUCGAUUCAGAAACAGAAAAUUGAAAUUGAAAAACGCCCUCAAAUAAUUUUUGAUAAAGUUGGUACUUUCAUAGGCCAGCAGCAAAUCCUGAAAAACGCUAGUCUCGUGAUUGGUCAAGGCUUGAACAUCGUCACUGGAUUUGUUGGAAGUGGCAAAUCGGUUUUUCUCAAGACUAUCAUCCACGAAUGGCCUAUUGUUGGUAAAGUAACUAUUUCUGGAAGAGUCUCUUAUGCGUCUCAAGAACCUUGGCUUUUUCCCUCAACAAUCAGAAACAACGUUUUAUUUGGCGAAAAAUAUUCACACGAGAGGUAUAAAAAGGUUUUGCAGAUUUGUUGCCUGGACUAUGACUUGGCUUUGCUCCCUUGUGGGGAUAACACAGUUAUAGGCGAUUGUGGAAUUAAUCUAAGUAAAGGCCAACAAUCUCGGAUUAAUUUGGCGCGAGCUGUGUACAAAGACAGUGAUAUUUAUCUCCUCGACGAUUGUCUAGCAUCUCUGGAUGCACAUGUCAGUGACAAAAUUUUUGAUUCAUGCAUUUGUAAAUUUUUGCAAAAUAAACUUGUCGUUUUUGUUACCAAUAACUUGAAUUACGUGCAAAAAGCGGAUGUUGUCAUUGAGAUAAAUCAAGGCUUGGUGUCGUGUAACAAUGAGAGGAAAUUUGGGUUUGAAUGUAUUAACACCGAUUUCGAUCGGAAUGAAAUCACCCAGGAAGAAAUCAAAAAAGUGGAAAUAUACCACGAGUCGAAAAAUAGCGGAAAAGUGAGUUUGAGGGAUUACCACAAAUACGUCAUUUAUGGUGGAGGCUGUAUUGUUUUUUGUCUUAUCAUGGUUUUGUUUACAAUAACACAAGCUUCGUCUAGUUACAGUGAAAAAUUGAUGACGAAUUGGGUUACUUUAGAACAAAAUUUGACGACUUUUUCGGUCAACAACACCGACUUUGACAAUCUCUACAAAGACAAAACAUACAGUUUAACAAUGUAUUCCGUCACAUUUAUCGCGUCCAUUGUCUUGACAAUCUUCAGCGCAUUUGCGUUCUUCUACUUUGCAAGAAUUGCUUCAAUCAACAUGCAUGAAGCAAUGCUCCAUAGUGUCAUAAACACCACCAUGAAUUUCUUUGAUUCAAAUUUCAUCGGGAAUAUUUUAACCAGAUUUUCCAAGGAUUUUUUCACUGCUGAUGAACAACUUCCCGUCAUACUUGUGGAGUGUUUGAGGAUGAUUUUUAUUGCUUUUGGCGGCAUUGUAUUGAUGACAACAGUGAAUUAUUUGUUUCUAAUUGAAUGCCUUUUUCUGCUAGUUGUAUCAUAUUUGAUGAAGCGGUUUUGUCAACCAACUGGUCGAAAUCUGCAACGAUUACAUGUCCAAGCCUCAAUCCCAAUGAUUGGUCACGUCAAUUCGACUCUAGGAGGCUUGACAACUAUAAGAGCUUGCAAUGCUCAAGAAAUGGUAAUUGACGAGUUUGACAAACAUCAGAAUUUAUUCUCUUCAGCCAAUUUCAUGUUAUAUAAUAGUUUAACGGCCUUGUCGUUUGGUUUGGAUUUGUUUAGUGCCCUUUUUGUUUCUUCGAUCAUAAUUCAGUUCCUGGUUUUUGAUUUUGGUAAUGAUGUUGGCGAUGUUGGUCUCGCUAUAACUCAGUCUUUCACAAUCACAGGUUUAAUAACAAAUGGAGUUAGAAAUUUAUCAGAUUGUGAAAAUUUGAUGACUUCAGUUGAACGAAUUUUGGAAUAUAUUUCACUAGAGCAAGAGGAAACAAACGGGAUUGUUAUAAAAGACUGGCCACGAAAGGGUUUAAUUAAUUUCAAUCAAAUUUCCUUAAAUUAUAGCGGAAGUAAGCCAAUGUUGGAUGAUAUAAACUUCACAGUUCAAGCUAGAGAAAAAGUGGGAAUUGUUGGGAGAACUGGAGCUGGGAAAUCUUCGAUAAUUUCAAGUUUGCUGCGUCUGUACCCAACCACCGGAAAAAUCACAAUUGACGGUGUGGACAUCGAGAAUGUGUCCCUAAACUGGCUCCGAAGUAAAAUUUCGGUCAUCCCUCAGGACCCUUUCCUCUUUUCGGGAACAAUUCGGGAAAACAUGGACCCUUUAAGCCACUACACCGACGAGCAAAUCUGGAAAGUGUUAACAAAUCUUCGCCUAAAUAAUUUAAUCAACGAUCUCGAUGUCAACAUUGAUAAAGGCUCAACUUUGAGCGCCGGGCAAAAACAGUUGUUUUACCUCGCACGUGUCAUACUUCAGAAAAAUAAAAUCGUGGUUUUGGACGAAGCCACUGCGAAUGUUGACCAAGAAACCGACGUUUUGAUCAACGAAGCCGUCACGAAUCAUUUCGGCGAAUCGACUGUGAUAGUUAUAGCUCAUAGGUUGUCUUCGGUGAUGAGUUGCAACAAAGUUAUUGUCUUGGGCGACGGCCGAAUUAGGGAACUCGACGAACCGGAGAAGUUGUUGCAAAAUAAAAACAGUUUUUUUCACUGUUUUAUUAAAUAAUUUUUUUGUGAUAAUAAAGCACACACUAAUUUAUU